AUCCCCGGUCCACACUCUUGAUCUUCUGGCUCACUGAAACACACACUGUGGAAAGUCCUUCAGCACCAGCCAUUGCAUUUACUACAGCUGCAGUGGAGAGGGGGUAUUUUUUACCUGUCUUUUUUUGCUUUUGAAAAUGAGGAAAAUAAAGGGUGUAGACCUUCAUCUUUCUUAGUCGUGUCGGGGUGGAAGAGUUUUUCUUUCUCUCAUUUCAGCCACUGCAUCUCUUGCUUUUAUUUUGAGUGACCUGGAGAAAUAUGGAUGUCCCACGGAUGAACAUGAAAAAGCUGAAAAAGAGGCGCUCCAGCCUUUUUGCCAGCGUUAAACUCAACACAAGCUUCUCUCAGAGUGGAGAGGAGGAAGACCGUGCCUUUCCUUUCUCUCAGGACAGCUCUGUCAAGGCAUGGACAUCUAUGGACAAUUUGGACAGUCCAUCGACAAAACCAGAGCGACGGAAGUCAAAAGACGUGGGGAAGAAACCAGCUGAAAAAGCGGCAAAGCCAACAGUCAGGCAGUCACACACAAUUAAUGUCAACGUUGGGGGAAGGAUCUUUAACAUCCCUAAGCACCUUGCUGUACGGCACCCCAAAACCAGAAUUGGUGCCUUAGCCAUGUGCACAGAUCGAGUGAAACAACUGACUUUUUGUGACGAUUACUCCGUCCGCACGAAUGAAUUCUUUUUCGACCGGGACCCCACUUUUUUCCAUUACAUUUUCCACUUCUACUGCAGCAAUGUGUUGUGGGUGAUGGAGAGUUUGUGCCCCAUUCACUUUGAGGAAGAGAUGGAGUAUUGGGGCUUGCGCUUGAGAGACAGCCCCCGGUGCUGCCGCAUCCUGUACGAGGAGAAAGUGGACGACAUUCGGGAACAGUUAAAAGUCAACAAAGAGCUCAUGGCAGAAAUCCAGGCGCCGCACCACGAGGACGGCUUCAAGACCAUGUUCUGUGGUCGUGUCAGAAAAAUACUGUGGGAUCUGAUGGAGGACCCCUACUCUUCCUUGCCGGCCAAAUCCUUUGCUGUUUUCUCAAGUCUCUUUGUCAUCGUCUCUAUUGCAGCAAUGGCUCUCAACACUGUGAAGGAACUCAAAUAUUACAAGGUCUAUGGCAGGACCUACAUGGAGCACGUGGAGGUCUACUCCAUCCUCUUCUUCACCUUUGAGUACUUCCUUCGCCUGAUGACCACCUGCAACAUCGGCGAGUUUCUGAAGAGCGGCCUUAACCUCGUGGACAUCGUGGCGGUCAUGCCUUACUUCCUUCAGCUGGUGUUUGAGGCUUUCGCAAACCCAGAGGACCUCGCCACUCAGGGCGACCUCAAGACCAUGUCUAGGGUCAGCAAGGUCAGCAAGGUGCUCAAGGUGGUCAAACUCAUGCGCAUCUUCCGCAUCCUCAAACUGGCGAAGCACUCGACGGGCAUGCGGGCAUUUGGGUUCACCCUCCGUCAGUGUUUCGAGCAGGUCUGUUGCCUCUUCCUGUUCAUUAUCAUGGGCAUCUACACCUUCUCCGCCCUGAUGCACUCUGUAGAGGUCGAUGAAGUCGGGACACCCUUCAGCAGUAUACCAGAUGCAUGGUGGUGGGCUGCGGUCAGCAUAUCCACUGUGGGGUAUGGCGACGUGGUGCCCAUCUCCUAUCUGGGUCGAAUGGUGGCGUUCUGCUGCAUCUCCUUUGGCAUCAUACUGAACGGCAUGCCCAUCUCCAUCCUCUUCAACAAGUUCUCUGACUACUACGCCAAGCUGAAGGCACAGGAGUGCAGCUACUCCAACGUGCAGCGUGGCCUAAUGCUCAAAGAGCGCCUGCAACGCAGGUUUCACAACUGCUGUGAACCUCUUGACGAUUCAGACGACGACGUCACACCCAUCGCUCAGCGCGGCGGUCAGCACUGAGGAGCCAUCAUGAUCAUCAUCAUCCUCAUCUUAACCUUCGCACGUUCUCAUGCCUGCACCAGCUUUUAUGGACUCUGCAGGUCUGCCUAAAGGACUUCAUGUUCUGAUAGGGUAGCUUGGUAUUGUUCUCCACCAGGAUGAGGGAAGGUAAGCCAGAAGCUUUGGCUCACAAAUAACGUCAGAUCAUCCAUCCUUAAGACGGGAGUCACCCCAUGACAACUGAUUCUAAAUAUAGUUUCUACAAAGCAGUGAAGUGCUGCAGUCUUGCCCACAAAAUACCAGACUCAACGGAAAGUGUGUGGAUUUGGUAACAUAUUUGACUGUGUCUUAUGAUGUAAAUUAAAAAAUAUCAAUAAUAUGAUUAUUGAUCUACUUUUAAUUAUUCGUUUCAAAAUGAAACAAAUCAAUAGCAUGUGCUCAUAGCACUCUGGGUGUAAAGUAACAAUCCAUAAUAGCUGACAAUUUGAUGGUAAUUCUUAACAAAAUAAAACCAAAAAAGGACCAGUGACUUGUAAUAUCAAUGUAAAUGUAUUUUUCACAUGAGCCGGUGGGCAAGCUUUUCAUGUGCUCACUUUAGCUUGAACAUCUCAACAGGUCAAACAGCUGGGUAUUCAAAAGCAAAGAAACAUCACAUAAUGAGUUACUCAAUAAUGAUUUCUGGCUGAAACUAAGGAUUUGUAGCUUCUACUGUCCAUUAAUAAGUUGUUUUGCAAACCAUGGUCCAUUCACAGAAUCUUGCAUGCAUGCUCUUGAGGUUUCUGUCAAUGUAAGCUGUAAAGGACAGGAAGUGGUACAAAUGGGCAGGGCAGCAAUUAAGUUUUGUCUAAAUGCUGCCAUGACAGUCUAGAAUAUAGUGGGACACAGAAGGAUUGAUGUGCAAAAUUUGGUUGUAGCCAAAUAUGUACUUUCUAAACCUUGUGAAGAUGACAUUGAAAGUUUUGUUGUGAUUAUCUACAGCAUAGCAUUAGUUAUGUUGGAUUAUAUUAUUAGGAUAACCAAUUUAAACACUUUUCCAUGUACUUCAGUAUUAAGAUAAGGAGAUACAAGUCAUUAUAUUUGCCUGUGUGGCAGCUAUGUUCAUCAGACACAAGUUUUCCUUGGUAUUUUGAGAGAUAGCUACUCUGUAAUAUUAAGUUCAGUUUAGUUAAACUCAGGUGAUCUCCCAGUGAACACUGUUUUUGGCUAAUGUGAACGACACACAUUGUUUAGAGUUGAUUGAUUGACAUAUGCGGUACCUACAGCCUCAGAUAUGAUACUCUUCCAUUGUGUGCUCUUCUCAACUGUCUUCCUUCUUGAAAACUUCAACCCCAAUUACAGCUUUCGUUCAAUUUAGAGCUUUAUUUAUUUUGGCAGGGACACUUUCAACUUUGAAAGUUCUGUCUGUUCAAGAAAGCCAUGCGGGACCCACAUUAGGAGGAAUUCAUUCGACACUUCGCUGAAAGGCAUAACAUUCACACACAGUGAAAAUCUUAUGUCUUCCAAAAUGCUGGGUAUAUGCAAUUUGAAAACCCUUUUUUGUUGUAAAAUGAGCAUUUAAAAAAAUGGCAAAGCAGGCCAAUUAAAUGUGUGAUAUGUAUAUGUAUAUAUGUGGGCCUUGUGCUUUUAAGACAUAAAAAUGGUUUCCACGAUUUCCUUUCUGUGCUAUGUCUCAACACAUAAUACUUUGGCAGAUAUUAUGACUUAAUAAAAUAUCUAUCCAA